ACUUAUGUGUGUGUCUUUGAAGGAGGUCAAUCGGGUUGUCCAAGCUGUGCAAUGGGAAACAAACUUAGCUGCUCAUGUGCACCAUUAAUGCGAAAAGCUUAUCGUUACGAAGACUCACCAUGGCAAACUGGUCGUCGACGUGAUGGCCAUCUCCUGAGGUUGUGGGCGGAAGUGUUCCAUGUCGCUGCGAGUGGUGCUGGGCAAGUGAAAUGGCAACAAGUCUCUGAGGAUCUUGUGCCCGUCAACAUAACUUGCAUACAAGAUUCACCCGAAUGCGUGUUCCACAUCACGGCGUAUAACAGUCAAGUUGAUAAGAUACUCGACGUUCGACUUGUGCAACCGGGCACACGCAUUGGACAAGCAUCAGAAUGUUUUGUUUACUGGAAAGAUCCAAUGACAAAUGACACCUGGGGCUUGAACUUCACAUCACCCAUCGAUGCUAAGCAAUUUAGGGAAUGCUGUUCGCCAUCAUUCAAAUUCUCACGUAAGGCGUCGUCAAGUUAUUCACUUAAACUUGACCCACCUGGCAAGGGAAAGGUGAAGCCAAAGCGUAAGCCUUUAAGCACACCAGCAAGUCCAUCGCGUGUUCGCGAACCGCAAUGCACGUGUAUGACGGCUGAACAAUAUGCUCGUAUCAAGGCUCAAGAUCCACGCUAUCGAGGUUCUUCCACUUUGCCGCGCCCAACAUCAAAAGCAACCGAAGCUGAUUUAAUAAGAUCAGAUAAACCGACGACAGCUGCGUCAACAACAUCGCUUUACGACAAUGUCACAUCAAGCAAUCAAGGACAAGAAGCUUUGCAACGUCAGAAAUCAGACACAAGUACAAUGACUGUGACAGCGUCUGUCGGUACACAACAAAAUCACAUCGGUCUACAAAUAAGUCAAGAUGAUGCGAAUGAUAAGCAAACGCAACGUGAAGAGACGUCAAAAUCGGAAGGAACGCAAGCUGGUGGUACACUUCAACAUCAAAAGCAAACAGUGAAGACAUCAAUUUCAACUGGAACUGGCACACGAUCAAAAGACUACAAUGAGAAUAUCAUGCACGACCAUCAGAUAACCAGCAGUAAACGCAAUAAAUCAAAAAGUACCGAAGAUAUGAAUGUCGAUUCGGGAACAUUAAAGAAAAUGUUGAAACCAUUACAUGGUGUUGAAAGUCCUGUUACGUCACCUGAAAUGGGUCGAAGACGUUACAAUUAUUACAAUGCAGCUACAAACACUGCUCCACAUGGACAUCAACAUAUUAUUCACAAUAGUCAUAUGCUUAAUAACAACUCAAUGUCACGUCAGUCAAGUCAAUCAUCACGAUUCUCAGGUUCACGGUCGUCACAUGAAAUUGGGCGCGGUUAUCAGCCACGUGGGCUGUACUUAGAAUUAGAAAAAGAUCGUUGUGGGUUGGAAGGUUCUCCGCCAUCCGACAACGUUAUGUUUGAUAAUCAAUGCUAUGCAACCACGCCAAGCUCCAGUAAUGGGAAUUCCGAUCAGGAUCAGCCCGGUUACGGCACGAGAACAGGCAACCGCCAUCAACAUCACUCACAUCAACCGCAAACUAAUGUGACGCCCACACCCGGCUCGCCUACUUCUCGCCUUCUUUUGGAGUACGAAAUGCAUUUACGCAACACAUUGGCAAAGGGAAUGGAUGCUGAGUCUUACAGCCUUCACACUUUUGAGGCUCUUCUAUCACAAAGUAUGGAAAAUUUGGGAGCAUCCGCAAGUGCCAAAUCUUCAACCUUACCUUUGCCACAUCGCUUGAAUGUUGAGCGUCCUUAUGUACCGAAAGAGCGUGAACGAGAUGGUUAUUACAGUGAUCGUAAUGAAUUGAUUCGUGAACGAGAACGUGAAAGAGAGCGUGACAGAGGAUACUUAAGUGAUCAUAAUUCUAGUUAUUCAACAUCACGUUGUGCUUCAUGCAUUGGUGAAUCGGCAAGAGCUCAAUGGUUCCGUCACUCGGAUGGAUGGCGUUCUGGAAGUUCAACACUUGGAUCUGGAACGAAUUUAAUAUCACAAGGGACGGGUCACCGUCGUUCGCCAUGGGAUUCUUUGCCAUCGUUGAAACAAGAUGGCUCGCUUAAUGACUCAGGAUAUAAAAGCAAUCGGGCUGAUUCCUUUGAACAACGAGGCGUAUUUGACCGUCAAGAUAGCUUAAGAUCUGAUUAUUUGAGUGAUCGUGAAACACGUUAUGGCAUUGUUCAGCAAGCUUCCAUUGAUAGCACCGAUUCCAGAUUGUGUUAUCUCACAUCAUCCGAG